UUUGGCGGGAACGCGAGGAGUGAAGUUGUGUGAUUUGUUUUAUUUUGUCUAUUUAGUGUUUCUUCGGGUUUAAAUGUGUAAUAAUGGUGGUUUAUUAACCGUUUAAUAUCUGUGAAAGUGCACAAAUGUGGGAAAAUGAAACAAAGCCGCUGGACGUAACUUCUCGGGAUCCCCCAAAAAGUCCAUUGAAAAAAUCUUAGUAAAUGACCACCAUUUUACUGAGAUUAGAUUUCAUCUCAUAUCAUCUCAUUUAAUUUCAUCCCAGUUGAUUAAUGUCUCAAAUUAAUCAUUUUCAUUUCAUUUCACUCCAUAAUAUCAUUUUUCAUAAAAUUAAGAAUAUACAUUAAAAUAAGACAUGACUUAAAGGUCUCAGUUACCAGGUCAUAAAAUCUCUUAAAAAAAAAAAAAUCAGUUAUGCUAGACUUUUUGGCGGGAACGCGAGGAGUGAAGUUGUGUGAUUUGUUUUAUUUUGUCUAUUUAGUGUUUCUUCGGGUUUAAAUGUGUAAUAAUGGUGGUUUAUUAACAGUUUAAUAUCUGUGAAAGUGCACAAAUGUGGGAAAAUGAAACAAAGCUGCUGGACGUAACUUCUCGGGUUCCUCCAAAAAGUCCACUGAAAAAAUCUCAGUAAAUGACCACCAUUUUACUGCGAUUAUAUUUCAUCCCAUAUCAUUUCAUUUCAUUAAAUUUCAUCCCAGUUGAUUAAUGUCUCAAAUUAAUCAUCUUCAUUUCAUUUCACUCCAUAUUAUCAUUUUUCAUAAAAUUAAGAAUUUAAAGUAAAAUAAGACAUGACUUAAAGGUCUUAGUUACCAGGUCAUAAAAUCUCUUAAAAAAAAAAAUCAGUUAUGCUAUUGGUUCCAUAGUGUAUUGCACAAAGUGGUUUUUUCAAUGAUUGCCAUACUUAAAAAUAAAGUGAGGUUAGAAUCUUGAACUUUUGAAUUCACUGAAUUAAUUUCUGUUGUGUUACUUGUAAUAAUAUUAUUGUUAUUAUACUCAUUUACUAUCGUUACUUUUUAAGUCGCCACUAAAUGCUCCGCAUUUUAUUAAUACUGGCAGUGACGAGAGUGCUGCGUUAAUUGCAGUCCUAUCAUAGCGACUAUGUUUCGGGCUCUGGAUUUUGAAGUGUUUGGCCGGGUUCAAGGAGUUUUCUUCCGAAAAUAUACCAAAGAGCAAGCCGAUAAACUGGGACUUCGAGGCUGGUGCAAAAACACAGCUCAAGGAACUGUCUUGGGACAUAUGCAAGGCACUCUAGAUAAAAUUGAAGUCAUGAUGCACUGGCUUAAAACAACAGGAAGUCCGAGCAGUAAAAUCGACAAAGUCGAGUUCAGAAACGUGAAGGAGAUCUCUGAAUUGACCUAUGAUAAUUUCAGUAUUGCUAAAGACCAUUAAAAUCGCUAAUCGCUUUAAUAUCUCAGUAUUAUUAGUCGGUAUUCCCGAAGUUUAAUGUGAUAUGCUCGACCCAUGACUGGGGUACUUCCAAUACCAUAUUAUGUAAUAAGCUAAUUUAAUUUUAAUAAACGAUUGAAUCUUG